GGCUCCACAGUGCUGUGCAAUGCUCACUGCUGCUACAGUCACCGUGUGGGCGCCAGGAGCGCUUCCUGUCCCCUCUCCUGCAUCAGCAGACCAGUGCUUUCGGGACGCGCAUGAAGAAGCAGCGUCGCUGCUGUUCCUGGGGCUGGUGGCCGCCGUCUGCCUGGGCCUGAACCUCCUCUUCCUCUCGGCUUACCUGGUGUGCGCGUGCUGCUGCAGACAGGCCAAGCAGCGCAAGUCCUGCUGCGUCACCUGGUCGGCCGUGGUGGCCGGGCUCGUCUGCUGUGCUGCGGUGGGCGUUGGUUUCUAUGGAAACAGCGAGACCAACGAUGGGGUGUACCAGCUGAUCUACUCCUUGGACAACGCGAACCACACCUUCUCCGGGAUCGAUGCGCUGGUGUCCGGAACCACCCAGAAGAUGGAGGCGGACCUAGAGCGGCACCUGGCCCGGCUCAGCGAGAUCUUCGCCGCCCGGAGCGAUUACCUCCAGACCCUGAAGUUCAUGCAGCAGAGGGCGGACAGCGUCAUCGACCAGCUGUCAGGGGUGCCUGUGUGGACGGAGGUCACAGCCCAGCUGACCCAGCUGGCCGACCAGACCAGCUACGUGGAGUACUACAGGUGGCUUUCCUACCUCCUGCUCUUCAUCCUGGACUUGGUCAUCUGCCUCAUCGCCUGCGUGGGACUAGCCAAGCGCUCCAGGUGUCUCCUGGCCUUGCUGCUGUGCUGUGGGCUGCUGGCCGUGAUCCUCAGCUGGACGUCCUUGGCCGCCGACGCCGCUGCAGCCGUGGGCACCAGUGACUUCUGUGCGGCUCCCGACACCUUCAUCCUGAACUUCACGGAGACCCAGCUCAGCACAGAGGUGACCCGUUACUACCUGUAUUGCAAUCAGAGCGUCAGCAGCCCCUUCCAGCAGGCGCUGACCCGUCUUCCAGAGCUCUUGACCCCCAUGCCCAUGCAGACCCCAGGUUGGCGGAACUGCUGCCGGGGCUGCCGUGCCCCUUCUUUCCCCACGGGCGGAGGAAAGGCCUCUGUGCACCCGCUGCUGUGUGUGGUCUUAGCCACAAGCCCUGCCCCCACCACUCAGUGUCUGCCUCUCUGUCCGUCUGUCUGUCUUCAGGAGGAUCUGCUCAGCAUCCAGCUCCUGUUGAACUCCUCGGAGUCCAGCCUCCACCAGCUGACGGCCUUGUUGGAUUGCCGAGGGCUGCACAAGGACUACCUGGACGCCCUCGCCGGCGUCUGCUACGAUGGCAUCGAGGGCUUGCUCUACCUGGGCCUCUUCUCCCUCCUGGCUGCCCUGGCCUUCUCCACCAUGAUCCGUGCGGGGCCGCCGGCCUGGAAGCGCUUUACCACCAGGGACAGAGACUACAACGACAUCGAUGACGACGACCCCUUCAACCCCCAGGCCCGGCGCAUCGCCGCCUACAUCCCCUCUCGGGGGCGGCUGCCCAGCUUCUGCAGCUACAGCGGCAGCCUGGACAGCCAGCCCGGCCUGCAGCCGCCGGCCCAGACCGUCUCCAAUGCCCCGGUCUCGGAGUACAUGAACCAAGCUAUGCUGUUCGGUGGGAACCCCCGCUACGAGAACACGCCGCUCAUCGGAAGAGGCUCCCCUCCGCCCACGUACUCUCCCAGCAUGCGGCCCACCUACCUGUCGGUCGGGGACGAGCAUCUGCGGCACUACAGGAAUGAGUUUCCGGCCUAACCCCCAGAGGCGCCUGCCUCCUCCAUCCGGCUGGGUUUGCGAUUCAUUCGCGUGAAAGCUGCGUGUCUUCAAUGGAAGCCAAAGGCCUCUGGGAGCCGCCUGCGGGAUGGAAUGGCAGGACUGGACUGCACCUGGGCCUGGCUGGGACCCUGACCGAAGCCGCAGGCAGACGGAGGGCCCACCACCUGGACCAGCCUCUCCCUCCUCUGGCCUCCUCUCCACAUCAGAAAUGUCCCUCGGCUGCCCCUACACUGGGAGCCUGGAUCCGCUCACUCCUACAUCCUGCCCUCACCAGGUGGCGACUGGCAGCGAGGAGGGGCCGGCUCAGGCCUGAGGGUCCCAUUGCCAGCGCCGUGCCUCCUGCGAGCGUUUUCCUGCAGGUAAAGGCGGAAGAGCUGAUCAGGAGAUGCCUUUAGGAAGGCGAUGUCCCCAGUGAGACCAGGGACUGUCCGAGUCAGUCUCCGGGGCCUGGUAGGAGUGUGGGGGACAGCCUGCUCCGACCCCCGGCCUUCCCGCAAUCCUCGGUCGCCGCACCUCCAUUCCAGCUCGAUGCUGGGAGUGCGUUCACUGCCGACAGGGACAGUCUCAGGAAUUCGCGGACACUCUGAAAGAGACUAACUCUUCUUUUUCCCAGUGUUUUGAAUACUUGGAUUAUCCAAAGAAUGGAACCUCAGAGCACAGUUUUACAGUAGAUGCGGCUCGCUUCCUUACACCUGGGUCUGGAAUCCCGUUCUCUUUCGGGUCUGCUGACACUGCCAGGUCAUUAAGAACCUACGGGCAGGGGCGGGAUUUUAAACAAAAUAAAAAUCAGUGAGAACU